AUGUCUUCGCCACAGAACUACUACGGCUCCAUGUCAAGCGGUCGAGCCGUAUCUCCCCCUCCUGGAGACCGCACACCCCGAGACGGCUCCCGCGGCGACACUUCCGGUGAUCACCAACUCCAGCAAGACCUCGAUGCUGCCAGACAGAUGAGCAAAGCUCGCGGCGCUCAGGACCCUAGCCCUCCUCGAGCCAGCUUCUCGGACGACCAGGCCGAACCCUACUUCCACGAAGGUCUCAAUCGAAGCCCCGCCGCCGUCCCUGUGCGUGCUCCCGCGCCCCCCUCCUCAUCCGCCGUCGCUCGCUUCUAUCAACACAACCGCAACGGUUCCAACACCAGCCUGGACAGUCAACACCACUUCAUCGACCACCGUCACCAGGCUCACUCGCUCAGCCAUGUCCACUCGCCGUCUGCCCUUCGUGGACGCUCCGCCCUUUCGCGCACGCCCAUGCGCAGCCCCAAUGCCUACUUCCCCUCGAGCAGGACAAACGAACACGCACUCAUCGACCACGACGACCAGGACGACAUCGAUGGUGACGCUUCCCACGUCUCUCGCAAUGCACCCCACUUCCGCCGCGCCAGCCAUCAAUCCCACUCUUCUUCGCCAGGCGACAUCCUGGACGAAGUCGAUCCCACCGCCUCCAGCCGCUUCCGACACGAUUCCAUCGUCGAAGACGACGUCUGCUUCCCACACGUCCCCGAAGGUCGCGCUCACGAGGCUCACCCUGAGGGCCUUCAUGACGAUGUUCGAAACGCCUACGCCGGCCAUGUCGACAACGGUUACGUACCACUGGGCUACCCGUUCACCUUUGACCUCGGUGCUCUCGAGGAAUUCGCUUCCGAGGAGCGCGACCGCAUCGGCAUGUCUUCCUCCUGGAACGCAGUUGGCUCUCCCAACCAAGGCCUUCGUCAGCGAAGUAACAAUGCGCAAAAGGGUGCAGGAGCCUACGGCGCCUCUCCUGACAGCGAUGACGCCACCUUCUACAGCCGUCGCCCGCGCAAGCUGAGCACAUCGGCAGGUGCCAUCGGAAGCAGCAAGUAUCAGCGCAAGCUAGCCCUCUUUGAAGGCGGCGGAAGCGCACCGCCGCCCGUUGCUGGUGCAGCUGCUACCAACAACAUCUUUGGUGGCGGUGCCGGCACGAACAUGGCAUCCACACCCGGCAAAAGCUCCAUGGACGUCAACACCCCGCUCUUGGAUAACGAUACGCUCCCUUCCUACCAUGGCCCCAACGGAUCCAGAAUGCACCCUUCGCAGUCUCAGAGAGGAAGUAGUCCCAUCCCUGGUGCAAGCGGCCUCAGCCGCGCACGAUCUGGCACGGGUGCACUCAGCAACCGUGGCGAGAAACCCUACCGAUUCACAUUCUACUCGAACGCCCUGCCCUCGACCAUCCACGCACGCAACCUGUCUGAGCUUCCAGCAGAGGGUCAAACUUUUGAGGAACUCUUCAGCGGUCGUGACAAGAAUGCCGACCACUCGCCCCCCACCGAGGGCAGUCAGAGCCGCAACGCAAGCCGUGCUCCCACCAUUAAUGCAGCCACCGCGCGCAUGGCGUCGCUCGGUCAGAAUGUUGGACGCAUGGAAGGCAUGACCGCACCACCAACCGGCUCGAACACGCCCGUAGGAAAUGGCGAGGACGCCGCCAGGGCCAUGAGCGGCCUCAGCGCCAGCCGAACCAAGACGCUGCCCGGUGGUGGCAUUCGCAUGGACGCCGACCCCGAAGCCAACACCUGGUGGCUUGACGUGCUUUCGCCUACCGAUCAGGAGAUGAAACUGCUCAGCCGUGUUUUCGGCAUCCACCCGCUCACUACCGAAGAUAUUCUCAUGGAGGAGACGCGUGAAAAGAUCGAGCUCUUCCGCAACUACUACCUCGUCUGUUUCCGCUCCUUCGACCAGGAUCCCUACAGCCCCACCUACCUCGAGCCGCUCAACAUGUACAUCAUCGUCUUCCGCGAGGGCACGCUCUCAUUCCACUUCCGCGGCACUCCUCACCCGCAAAACGUGCGUCGCCGUAUCAAGCAGCUCAAGGACUACAUCAACGUCACCUCGGAUUGGAUCUCGUACGCGCUCAUCGACGACAUCACGGACGCGUUUGGCCCGCUCAUCCAGAGCAUCGAGUACGAAGUAGACUCGAUCGACGAGCUCGUACUGAUCCUCAAGGAGGCCGAGCAGUCAGACAUGCUUAGGCGCAUCGGCACGUGCCGCAAGAAGGUGAUGGGUUUGCUGCGUCUGAUGGGCAACAAGGCCGAUGUCGUCAAGGGUCUUGCCAAGCGAUGCAACGAAAACUGGUCCGUGGCACCCAAGUCCGACAUCGGCCUCUACCUCUCGGACAUCCAAGACCAUUUGAUUACGAUGACGCAGAACUUGAACCACUACGAAAAGAUUCUCUCGCGCUCGCACUCGAACUACCUCGCGCAGAUCUCGAUCGAGAUGACCGACGCCAACAACCAGAUCAACGAUGUUCUGUCCAAGCUCACCGCGCUGGGUACGGUCAUUGUCCCGAUGAACGUCAUCACGGGUCUGUGGGGCAUGAACGUCAACGUGCCAGGGCAAGGAGUGGAGAACCUACGAUGGUUCGCCAGUAUCUGCUCGGUCAUGGUGGUCAUUGCCGUGUCGGGUUAUAUCGCUGCUACGAGGUACCUGGAACGCUCGCACUGA